UAAGUGACGUAUAACGCACACAGCGGGAUUUCCAUGAAUGGUAGAGAGUGUGAUUCACAGACAGGAGAAUUUUAUUUGAUUAUGACUUCUUUGUUUUAUUUACAUAAAAGCUAAAGUGAUAUUCGUACACGAAUAGGAAGAAAGUAUCAGGAAAUAUUUGAUUACUUUAUAUUUAACCCACGUUUAUUGAAAAACGGUAACUUGUUCAUUCUCAUGUAUUUUAUUUGAAUGCACUUAGUUUGACACUUGUGUGUGUGUAAAAUGGCCGACCUUUUAUUGUCUGUUAAUUCAAACCAGUUUAAGACAUAAUAUGUGUUGUAUGAUGUUAUAAAUGGUUCAGGAAAUGUGGGAAUUGGGUGAAUAAUGUCAAUGAAUGUCCCAUGCAGGCUAAGAAAAGAUAUACAACCGCAGUAAUAUGUGGUUUAGUUAUUCUGGUGUUGAUAGUUUUUUUGAGAAAACUGCCUAAACACUUUUCACAAAAUGGAAAACAUUAUGCUAUCGAGAAUGGAGAAUUUAUAUCCUUCCUUGAUGCCAGCGACUACACGUUCGGUGAAGACAUGCACGUGUCGGCCCGACAGAGACGCUCGCCAAACAGCGACCAGGAUUAUUCAAAGUGUAGAAUGGAAACCUGUUUCGAUUAUUCACUUUGCAAAAACGGAUUUAAAAUUUACAUUUAUCCAUUGGAAGAGAAAGUAUCGCAUAGCUAUAACAAAAUUGUUGUUUCGAUUCAAGAGUCUAGGUUCUAUACGUCAGACCCUAAAGAAGCCUGCCUUUUUAUCCUAGCAUUAGAUACACUUGAUAGGGAUGUUUUAAGUACAGACAUGGUACAUGAUAUGGAUUUGAAACUAAGCAAAUUACCAUACUGGAAUAAUGGAAGAAAUCACCUUAUUUUUAAUUUAUAUUCUGGUACAUGGCCAGAUUAUGUUUUAAAUGUGGAUUUUAAUAUAGGACAAGCCAUGCUGGCUAAAGCUAGCAUGUCUACAAAUACCUUUCGUCAUGGUUUUGAUAUAUCAUUUCCAUUAUUUGCCAAAGAUCAUCCCCAAAAAGGGGGUGACAAGGGGCAUUUGUACAUAUCUGUUAACAAUGUACCCCCACUUAGGUAUUAUUUAUUAGGCUUUAAAGGAAAACGUUAUUUAACAGGAAUAGGGUCUGAAACCCGGAAUUCAUUGUAUCAUAUUCACAAUAAAAAGGAUAUAAUUUUAUUAACUACAUGCCGACAUGGCAAAAACUGGCAGAAGACGGCCAAAAAGCUCAACGAUACACGAUGUGAUACUGACAACGAGGAGUAUGACAAAUAUGACUACAAAAAGUUACUGUACAAUGCAACAUUUUGCCUCGUGCCUAGAGGACGUAGACUAGGGUCUUUCAGAUUUUUAGAAGUUUUACAGGCUGGAUGUGUUCCCGUGUUGCUAAGCAACGGAUGGGAGCUACCAUUCUCGGAAGUCAUCAACUGGAAUAAAGCAGCAUUAUGGGCAGAUGAACGGCUUCUGUUUCAG